AUGGGGUCAUUAUUAACUCGUUGUAGCAAAUCUUCCCAAGAAACUAAUGAAGAUUCUGUUGAAAAAUCACUUAUAACAACCAAAAUAAAGAAAAGUGAAGUAGAGCAUUUUAAAAGGGACAAAAAUUUACAGAAAUUAAUAGCUGGGGCUCAUCCUGAAGAAGUUGGAGGGAUUAGUGCUUAUUUACUACAACAUAUGAAUAGAGAUCUAGAUAGAGGAAGUUACAAUAAAGUUGAGAUAUCUGUCAAUAUUAUCAAUUUAUUAUUGGAUAAUUGUCGGAAGGUUUCAAGCUGGACAGUUUUAGUCCAAAAUUAUUUUGAAAUGGUUAAGAGACUUUUGCAAACGGAAGAAGCCAGAUUAGAAUCUUUGGGCACAGAAUUAUUUCAACGACACAUUAAUCUUCAUUAUGACGUGGGAAAUACAUUAUAUAAGGAAUACAAUAUUAUAGCCAAAAAGUUUGUUGAAUUUAUGGGAAGGGAAAAUGAAAAUACUCGAAGAUUGAAUGGAUUUACUGGAAUUAGUGGUAAAAUAUUUAAAAAUUUAUUUAAUAAUAAAAUUAAUAAAUUAAGUAAUGUGUACAAAUUUAUUAUUAAAAAAUAUUUCAAAAAAUACCGAUAA